CAAAAAAGACACUCUGCCUUUACAGUAUCACUCAGCUUUAUCUCCAGAGCAGCAUCUUUCAGGAGGUGGCACCCCUCCUGCUCCAUAAAUGGCACAGUUUUUAGUUGUGAAAGAAGAUUAAACCCUUGCUGUGGUUAAACUGGAACUCCACCUUCCACAUUAGCCCUCUCUCAUUUUUUCACAAUGUGGUCAAGACGACUUUCAGCUUCUGCCCUGGUGUUCCUCAGCAUCACUUCUCUGAUGCUACAUGUGCUGGUAUUCUGGUGGCUAGGACCCAACCAAGACCAUCUUCGUCCCCAAAACCUGACCAUCUUGCUGUGGCACUGGCCCUUCGGAGUCUCCUACAGCCUGAAGGGGGAUGUUUGCUGGAGCAAGUUUGGCAUCCCUGGAUGCUUCCUUGAGAACAAUCGAUCUGUGUUCUCUCAGGCUGACAUUGUGGUUUUCCACUACCAUGAGCUUUGGACCAAACGCUCCAAGCUGCCGUUGCAUCUGUCCCGUCCACUGGGGCAAAGGUGGGUUUGGCUGUCGCUAGAGCCUCCGAUGAAUAACCGCAAUCUGACAGCCUAUAAUGGCUUGUUCAACUGGACGAUGAGUUAUCGGCGUGAUGCGGACAUCUUUGUGCCGUAUGGAAAGCUGGUUCCGAAGAAGAACAACAGCACCUACCUCAUACCACAAAAGAGGAACUGUCUUGUGGCCUGGGUGGUCAGUAACUACAAGGAGCACCAAAGAAGGUCUAAGGUAUUCCAGCAACUGAAGCAAUACAUUCCAGCUGAGCUGAUUGAGGUAUACGGUCGCUGGAAUGGCAGACCACUUUCUAACAAAGCUCUACUCCCUGCUAUUUCUCAGUGCUUGUUCUACCUUGCCUUUGAAAACUCGUUGUACAGGGACUACAUCACAGAAAAGCUGUGGCGCAACUCACUGCAAGCAGGGAGCGUCCCAGUGGUGCUUGGACCCCCUAGAGCUAACUAUGAACGCCUGGUGCCCCGCGAUGCAUUCAUCCAUGUGAAUGACUUCAGGAGUGUCAAGGAGCUGGCUGCUUUUCUAAAGCGCCUGGCCUCUGAUAGACAGAGUUAUGAGUCCUACUUCAGAUGGCAUGACAGUCACAAAGUGAAGACCUUCACAGACUGGACAGAGAGACUGUGCACUAUCUGCUCUAACUACAACAGACUACCCACACACAAAGUCUACCAGGACCUUUACAGCUGGGUCAACAUGUAG